UUGCCAAUAACAGUAUGACCUGUAAAACAUGCAUCGAGCAGACGGAUAAGCAUGUCCAAUGAAACAUUGAACAACCUUCUGCUGGUCAAACUCCAGAGUCCGUGCAUCCCAGAAUUUAAUCCUAAGGAUUCCAUUGAUGACUGGCUUCUCUCAUCUUUGAUGCCAAGGAGGCCACACUACCGAAGAUCUACUGGUAAAAGAGAGAAACAGACUGACCUGGAAAAUGUAACCAAUGCAGCUGGUACAGCCCACAACAACAUUGAUGAGAUUGGUAAUCCUACUCACCUACAGGAUGGGGCCCAGAUUGAGAGAGAAGAUGAUUUAGAGACUGAAGAGAUUGAGAGAAGUUGUUAAUAGUUUUGCAACGAUCAUGUGUGUCUUUUGGAUCCUUUGUCAUAAUUAAGAGAUUGUUUAAGAGAUCAAAUAAAAGUUAUGAUGAAAUGACUGUUGAUAUUUUGUAUUUUGUUGACAACAAUUCCAGACAUUUUGUCAUACAAUGUAGGUGUGUUAAUUCUUCUACAAAGAAGCAAUUUUAUCAUCUACUCUAGAAUUGUAAAGCAUAUAAUGCAUAUCUUCCGCAGACUGAAUGUCCUGUAAUUUCUUAAAGUUUAUCAGACCGAAAUGUCCUGUGAAAGUUGAUUCGGUCUGGUAAAUAUUCAGAGUUCACCAGACCGAAUGUCCUGUGAAAAAAAGUAAUAUUUCGCAUGGUCUGAAGUUUACCAAAGGGAAAUGGCCCAGGUGUCACUGUAAGUGACUGUUGUGCACACCUCUGGUAAAACACUCACUUCUGUGUCCCCCCUUAUUUACAUGUAGGUAAUGUCUGCGUCCCCCUUACACCUAGGUAGUGAUACAACACUCACUUCUGUGUCCCCCUUACACGUAGGUAGUGAUAUAACACUCACUUCUGUGUCCCCCUUACACCUAGGUAGUGAUAUAACACUCACGUCUGUGUCCCCCUUACACGUAGGUAGUGAUAUAACACUCACUUCUGCGUCCCCCUUACACGUAGGUAGUGAUAUAACACUCACUUCUGCGUCCCCCUUACACGUAGGUAGUGAUAUAACACUCCCUUAUGUGUCCCCCUUACACGUAGGUAGUGAUA